AAACAAUAAAUUUUCCAGACAUAGUAUCAAGUUGUUAUUAUUUUGUUGAGUUUUAAUUUUCCUCAUUUCAACUGUUUUAUAAUUUUUUGAAUCAGUUUUAUUCAGUUAAUAAAUAGUUUUAGAUCAUCAUGGAAUUCGGCUCAACACCCAAAAGAAGUAAACUUGACAGUGGACAUGUUAAUGUGGCUCAUGAAGAUUUUAGUGAUGAUCUGCCUUUUUAUAGCUUCCCACCAACUGGAAAAAUUGAUCUUAUUGAAGUGGAUGACAUGGUAAAUGAACGAUUAUCUAUUCUAGAAGUGUUCGAAGAGCUAAAAAUAAGUGAAAUUGGACAGUCAAAAAAUUUAGCUGACCAUCUUGGUACAAUAAGAGAACGCCUUAAACAAAUUGAAUCUAAAUUUGGUGACAACUUUAUUACUACUUUACAUGCGAGAACCUUAGGUGCUCAUAAUACUUUGAAGAAAGAUGCUCGUCGUCGUGAUCAAAUAUCCCAUUUCCUCUUGAGACUUUACUUUUGUCAUCCGCAAGAAAAAAAGACUUGGUUCGUAAACAGAGAAACUGAGCUUCUUCGGUACAGGCUGCUAGAAGAAACUGUUGGUAAAGCAGCCACAAACGCGUUAAGUGGUCAAAAAAAUGAUUCAUCCGUUGUUGCCCAAAUGAUUUUAAAAAAUAACUUGAAUUAUGAGCCCAUACAUCUUGGUAAUUCGGAUUAUGAUCGUGAUCUUAGAAGAAAAGCAUCCUUUAACAACCUUUUUGUAACCAACGAUGAUAAAUCUCCAUUUUAUCGAAUUCUGUUUGAAGAUGCUUUGGAUGUCGUACGAAUGCGGAAAGCUUACCUUCAAGAUGGUUAUGCCUAUGUUUCAACUCAUGACAUGAUUUCUUUGAUUUGUACCAAGUUCAGACAAGAACUGAACACUGCUUUAUCGCGACUUAAUAUGCGUAGGUCUGAUGAAGAACAUCGCCUGCUACCUAUCAUCAACAAUAUUUACUUAAAAAAAAUAGCUUCCGCUAGAAAAUUGAAAGCUGAUGCAUCAGGUAAACUGAAAGAAGUAGUCACUCCUGAUAUGAUUGAUAACUUAGCGCUUGAACAUUUUCCUCCCUGUAUGGAAAGUAUUCAUCUCAAUUUACGUAAAAAUCAUCACAUAAAAUAUGGUGGUCGUCUGCAUUAUGGACUGUUUUUAAAGGGAAUUGGAUUAUCUCUUGAAGACGCUGUUAAAUUUUUCCGAGAUGAAUUCAUCCAAAAGUUGGCCCCAGAAAAGUUUGAUAAAGAAUACAGAUAUGGAAUACGCUACAAUUAUGGUAAAGAAGGAAAAAAAGUCGAUUUCAGCCCUUAUGGAUGUGAAAAAAUAAUUAAUAGUACUCCUGGAGUAGGUGAUGCUCAUGGUUGCCCUUUUAAACAUUUCGACUGGACCAAUCUUAAAAAAUUUUUAGUUCGCAAAGGUGUUGGGGAUGAGGUACUACAAAACAUUGAGAGUCUUGUGGAGGAGAAAAACUACUCUAAAGCGUGUGGUAUAUACUUUACAGUUAGGCACCCUAGCCAUCAAAUUUCUGAUGAAGGUAUUACUCAUCCAAAUACAUUUUAUGCAGAAAGUCGUAAGGCUUUGCAAAGAAAUCCCAAGAGAGAAGAUUUGAUACUUGAAGAUGAAAUCGACCAUUUCACAGGCUCUUUUCUUCCCGAAGAAGAGACUCUUAAUCAAGAUGUAACUCAAGAGAUGAGUGAAAAUGUUCCUGAAGUUUCCGAAGCUCCUGAAGCUCCUGAAGCUCUUGAAGUUUCUGAAGUUACUGAAGCUCCUGAACCAAUGGAUUCAAGCGAAAUGGAACAGGAACUUACAUCAGUUGAUCCAGACCAGUCUACAAUCGAAGAAUCUAUUGUAGAAAAAGAGCAUCAUAAAUUGACAACAAUAAUUGAACGUUUAGAUGAUCCUAAGGAAACAGAAACUGAUAAUCAUGCUAAUGAGCCUGAACAAUGAUUAAAAUUUAUGAAUUUUAUCCAUUUUAUUUGAGCUAGUCGUAUGGGUCUGUACAAAAACAAGCCUUUUUAUGUAAAAAAAUUGCCAUGGCGAGAUAAAAAUAUUGAUCAAAUGGAUCCUAUUGAGCUGCAAA